UCAAAGUCGAGGCAUAGCAUAGGUUUCUUCUCUCCCCAGUCCCCAGCAAUCAGCCCAUCCAAUGGCCACCGACGCUUCCAACCCCGCCCAGCUCCUGCACCGCGGCGACGGCGAGGGCGAAUGGUGCAACCUCGGCGCUGCGUACGUCGCCGUCAAGGUACUCCGCCCGCAGGGCCACUCCAUCGUCAUGUACUCCGGCCCCGACGGCCACCCCCACCAGCGGAUCAUCUUCGCGUACCCGAUCCUCCCCGGCGACGCCUUCGAGAGGCUGGAUGGAUCCACUCUCUCCUGGACGGAAUCCGGGUCCGGCAACGAGUUCGCGCUCUGCUUCCUCGACGAGGCCGCCUGCGCCGCGUUCUGCGUCGCCAUCUCCCCGGUCACGGCGGCGCUCGCCGCCCUGGACGGUGUCGCUGAAAGACUCGCGGGGCUGCGCGUGGCCGCGGCGGAAGGGGGCGCCGCCGCUGGAGGGGACAUUGUUGGUCGUCUCUCUCAGCUUAGCAUAGGCCGACGGCCAUGAAUUUGAGAACGCCAGGAGAGGUGAAAGGUCCGCGACAGCAUCAGCUACCGCUCGGCUCUCGGUAAACAUGUAGGCGAUGCUCCCCCGGAAGAAAAGGAAGAACACGAAUAACACGG